AUGUGCGUGUCGCGUCCGCACGAGCUGCGCGCCUUCAAGCCGCUCUUCGUCGACCUGCACAUGCCGUACGCCGCCGUGCGACACGAACAGAUCGAGAUCCGAGCGACGGUGUUUAACUACGGAGACCACGACCACGAUGUACAAGCAGUCAUGACGGGCGUGAGCGGGCUCUGCUCGGGAGCGCUGCCAGGCCAGAACAGCACCGCCAAACAGUUCCUCGUUCCGGCGCACGAUAGCGCCACCGUCAGCUUCCUCAUCGUGCCGCUGAAAGUCGGAGAGUUUCCGGUGAAAGUGACGGUGGUGGCGCAAGAUGGCGCUGUCGACAUCGUGCAGAAAAUACUGAGGGUUGCGCCAGAGGGCGUUGAGAAGGUUGCCCUCUACUCGGCAGUGCUGGACCCAUCCGGACAGUUGAAACAGAGGACUAAACGAAGCACGGGAGAGAGCAACGUCUUGGCAUACGAGUUGCUAGACGACACAUCGAGCAAGCAGACGAACACGAUAGAUCUGACGGUACCGGAGGACGCCAUUCCCGACACGGACCGCUGCAGCGUCACCGUCAUGGGAGACCUGCUGGGCGCUACCGUACAGACAGUGCUGGGAGGCAUGGGUCCCAUCGUAGACAUACCGACAGGUUGUGGAGAGCAGACGAUGAUUCACAUGGCGCCGGCCGCCUACUCGAUGUACUACCUACAGCGCACAGGCCAGCUCACCGACGAGAUGGAGAAGAAUGGUCAGAAAUAUCUCAUCGACGGAUACAACCAGGAGCUAUCGUUCAGAACCGACGACGGUUCGUUUUCCGUCUGGCCUCACCUAGACUCGAGCACCUGGUUGACGGCUUUCGUACUGAAGGUGUUCUGUCAGGCAGAGGAGUUCAUUUACGUCGACAAGAAGGUGACGUGCGUCGCGAUGAGCUGGAUCAUUCAACAGCAGAAGGCUAGCGGAGCGUUCGAUGAGAACUACAAGAUCUGGCACAAAGAGAUGAUGGGAGGACUUAACGGUGAAGCCCCGCUCACAGCGUUCGUCGUCAUCUCCAUGCUUACAUGCAACAACUGCGAGAUUCCGGAUCUGAUGAGUUCCGUAGCGGGCGGGUCGGCCUGCCGGAACACGAGCUCCUUACCUGACGAAGCCCUACGCCGACACGGUGGUGGCGCUGCAGGCGUUGCUGACUACAGCGCACGCGCAAAGGUCGACGAGUUGGAGCUGAUAUGCGAGAUCACGUCAGAGACGAACCAGACCGUUCCUGAGCACGUGACCGUACACAAGAACAACGCUCUCGUGCACAGGCAACACACCGUAAGCAGCGCCCGCUGGUGGGAAAUGUGGCCUGUGAAUUCGCGAAGCAUCGUCACAAGUUCGCACGGGAGGGAGCUGCAGAUCAACACGACGACAGUAGAAGCGUCGACAGCCACAGGUGUAGCUCACACUACCACGUGCCGCCGUUCGAUCACGCAGUUCUGCACCUACGAAUCUCAGACCGUUCAAGCGAAGGAGCACAAAGCCGCUAACAUCCGCUACUGGCCCGUCGACUCGAGCUCGGUGAACGAGAACAGCGUCAACUGGUACCAGCACAACUCCACGGCAGUCGAGAUCGAGAGCACAGCUUACGCACUGCUGGCGAUGCUGCGUGAGGAGGAACUCUCCUACGGCAACCCGAUCGUCGAGUGGCUGAUCCAACAACGCAACGCGCACGGCGGCUUCCUGUCGACACAGGACACGGUGGUGGCGCUGCAGGCGUUGGCUGACUACAGCGCACGCGCAAAGGUCGACGAGUUGGAGCUGAUAUGCGAGAUCACGUCAGAGACGAACCAGACGUUCCUGAAGCACGUGACCGUACACAAGAACAACGCUCUCGUGCAACAGCAACACACCGUUCCUACGGGAGGGGAGCUGCAGAUCAACACGACAGGUAGAGGCGUCGGACAGCUACAGGUGGAGCUACACUACCACGUGCCGUCCGUCGACACGCAGUUCUGCACCUACGAUCUCACGGUUCAAGCGAAGGAGCACAAAGACUAUACGCGCGACGGCGGCCGGAAUCGGAAGUUCUCCUCCGCCUACGCCCGCAUCCAGACGAAGCCCAACGGCCGCUCGGCGACGGGAUCGCGCUCCCGCUUCCCGCGGGAAGCAACCCGCUCCCGCUUCGACUACGACGUUCCCGUGGCAACGCGCUCCGGAAGCGUCUACAUCCUGGAGAUCGAGACCUGCGUCAGGUAUCUUAAGGACACUCCUGCAGGCAUGACCAUACUGGACAUCGGAAUCUUCACCGGCUUUGAGCCAAUCAUCAAUGAUCUGGAGCUGCUGGUGAACGAAGCGAGUGAAUACGUGCAGCAUUUCGAGCAGAGCAGUCGCGGCAUAAUCGUCUACCUGGAGCAGGUGCCCAGUGCUGCCCCCUACUGCCUCAAGUUCCGCGCCCGACGCGAGUUUAACGUCGGCACGAUCCAGGCGGCGCCAGUGAAGGUGUUCAACUACUACGAACCCGGUGCGUGA